GUUCUUCAGUGCAACAUUUUGAAGAUGAAAUAGUUCCAUAUAUAUUGGUCAUCAAAUGGCCUCAUUCCAACGUCAACGUCAAAGCUAAUUAUAAUCAAACAGUGUAAUCUAUCGCCGCCCAUCAAGUAGAAACCUUAUGUCCACUGUGAAAUGUAACAAUACAAGACUUAUUUUCAAAAUAGUCCAUUACCGCUAUGUGAUUAUCACUUUCAUUAAUUUCAUCGAGGAGGUAUUUAUAGCUUAAUUACAAUUGUAGGCUGUAGUCUAUUUGGAUAGUUUUACUUUUAACACUGCUCAUAAUUGGGAGAGGAUCAAGUGGUGCGAUAGGCUUAGCCUUCAACAGUUUCUUAAGAUAGGUUUGAUCGAAUGGCUCAUUGUUUAUUCUCGUUUCGUAAAAUAAUGACCCCAGAAUUGUCAAGUUGUGAAUAUUAGCUCCUUUCUUUGAGUUUCCAGUGAUGCGUAACGUGUAACCUUGAAAGAGAAAACUUCCUCUGCGCUGACACAUAAUUAACUUCUAGACUCCGAUGUCUUGAAAUCAUAACAGGAACUUACUCUACGGGAAAUAGCUGUUUACCAUAGUCUCUCCUCAACAUAUUACCCAUACCAAUCGUAGAUUGAAUAAAACUAUUAAGUAAAUAUUUUUUAACAAACAACAUUGUCUUUAGUACAUUCAUUAAAAUGCGUGUAUAACAAUCAGAAACAGUAUGUAUCAUGAGUUGUUUUUAUCCGGACACUAAGGGGGUCCGGAGCUCUAGAUACGAAAGUGCUGACAAUGAACAAUUUGCUACGUACCCCUUUAGGCUGAAGCUCCCAACAUCACCGUCAGGCACAACAAAAUAACUAUUUAUAUCCAGUUCCCCGCUAACCAGAUAUUUUUGGGCGCGGUACUCAAAACUAACCAAUCAGCAUUAGUUGCCGUUUCCGUUUUCAAGCCUUUAAAAGUACUUAGUGUAUUUUCCACAACCAGUCUGAAGGGAGAGAAACUACGACUAACAUUCUCAUUACAGAGGUAAGUGAUUGUUUUGAAUAUAUAUCAUUAUCGCUCAGUAUAAUGUGCUAUUAUCGCGUAGUUUAGUGUUGUUUUGUCCAUGUUUGCUAAGUUGGCUCAAAGCUCCAGGCUGCACCAAUCUGCGCAGAGAAGGCAUUUACAGUUCGGAAUAGCUGAAAACGAAUGUUUAUUUGAUAUUUUUAUAAGCCGGCCACAAAUUUAUAGAUUCGUAUCUUUGAUAGCUGUGCUAUCUUCGUUUAAUGGAAAGGUGUCUACUUAACUAUUUUUUGUUUGUUUACGUAUUAUCUAAACCAGUAUCCCUAACAGAUUUAGUCAUCAAUUUAGCCUAUUCUUGAGCUUGGAAGCAGACGAACAGGAAGAGGUUAUGAUAGAAUGGACUCUGAUCAGCUGUGUGGCCGCGAUUAAACAGAUGAUGUAGUUGAGAAUCAGGGCAGCGUUAGCGCUCAACACGAGCGAAACCGAAAACUGCGAGAAUCAGUGGUUAAAAUCAAUUAAUCCAGAACUUAGAUCACGUUUGUUCAUGUUCGCUUUUUUUUCUUCCAGAAAAACUGACUGCACUGUUCUCAGACCAAAUCGUGGUAGCCUGUCUUGUUGAUCGUGAGUCCAAAACAGACAGAUGAAGAUCAUGACUUUUCGCCGUGUUUUGUGGACGUUACUGCUCCUUGGAACAGUAUCAGCACGAUAUUUGUGCCCUGGAGAGGUUAUAACAUUGAAAUGUGACCAUGGAGCACUGAGAAACGGCGAUGAAAUCGAAGACGUUGUAUGGAAGGUGAAUGAUUCUCAGGGGUGGACCAGUGUCGCUUCCUGCAACGGAUCUCUUGCUUGCGCGGUAACCAAGUCAGAAGUAACUGAUGGUAUCAACGUGCUUGGAAUUUCUAACGGCGCUCUCACCAUAAAUCGCACAGCGCGGAACGCUGCGACCAGCCAUAUGGAUUUCAAGUGUGAAAUACACAACGGGUCACACACUCCCACGCACACAGUCAAGAUUAAACUCGACGUGGAAUGUAUUUGGACUCAUGUGGGAGCUGAUGUUAAUUUGACUGGACACUUCACCAAAAUAGUGGCGUGGAAACAUGUAGAAGACAUAGAGCUUUACGACACCAUGGGUGCAAAACAAAAGCUCGCCUACUGUAGCACUACACGUUGUGCACUGGAAAAAGGUGUUAAAUCACCGCCAAGAUUUUGGAACCGAUUACAAAACAAAAGUGACUCCAUACUGCUGACCGGAAUAGAAGAGGAUGAUGGAGCCCUUGAGAUGAGAGUGGAAAUUCAUUUAACAGGGUCACAAUAUCGGGCAUUUACGCUCAGGAUUCGCCUUAAUGCUCCACCGGGCCCAGACAACUCGUCUUCUACCUUAACUAAACCCUCACAAACUGAACCGCCCUUUCAGCUCCAAGGCUAUAGUAGUGCUCCAAUUGUCCCGACAGAAUCCGGGCAAGUUGUUGGCAAGAUCGAAACUCUUCCUCUGGGUAAAUCGGUAUACGCCUAUCUUGGUAUCCCGUAUGCAGAGCCUCCGGUUGGAGAAUCAAGGUUUGCUGCUCCAAAACCUGCAAAACGUUGGUCUGGAAUCAGAAAUGCCACAGAAUAUGGAGCCAGUUGUCCUCAGCCAGAUUAUCCGCUACCUCAUGUGAAGAUUGCCGGACAAGAAAAUGAAGAUUGCCUUUUCCUGAACGUGUUCGUUCCAUCGACUACAAAACCCGAUGACAAGAAGACAGUGAUGGUCUGGAUUCAUGGCUUCUUGCCUGUUGUUCCACGGGGACGUGGCCGUGCGUUCACAUUGGGCUCAUCGACUGAGUAUCCAGGGCAUGUCUUGGCUGCCUUCAAUAACGUCAUUGUGGUGACGUUCAACUAUAGGCUAGGAAUUCUGGGAUUCUUCAAUGAGCCUAAAACCAACGUAAAGGGAAAUUAUGGGAUGUAUGACCAGAUUCAAGCAUUAAAGUGGGUUCAAGCCAACAUUGCAAGUUUUGGUGGCGAUCCCAACAGAGUGACCAUAUUUGGUGAAAGCGCUGGAGCGUCUAGCAUUUCCCUUCAUUUAAUCUCGCCAUUGUCCAAAGGUUUGUUCGACAGAGCCAUCUUACAAAGCGGUGCUGCCUCUUCGCCCUUGCCAACAGGGAGAAUGGUUAACACGUUGAAAGAGUUAAAAAGCAUUGCCAACUGUAAAGUGGGAACCAAGCUUAUUCAAUGUCUGCGAAGCAAAAGCGCCGAGGAAAUUGUUUCAUUGCAAACAAAACUGUCAUCGAGUUCUUUAUUGAACGUUACCAGUCCUGCGGUUGAUGGAGAAUUUCUCCCUGACCUUCCCGACAAGCUUUUCAAGCUGGGAAAGUUUUCUAACGCUAAGGUUGAUGUUAUGAUUGGUUUUAACUCGCACGAAAGAGCAUUAAGGGUUGCCCUUAAACCAGGAAAUCUGACCCAAGAUGGAGUUAACAAACAAGAGUUUGAAUCUGACGUCAAAAUCACACUUGAACGAGGACUAAGGUCACUAAGGAAGGACAGAUCCAGGAUAGCCGAAGAGCUGGUUAGAUUUCACUACACAGAUCACGAUGACCCGGACAACAAGACAACGAUCAGGGAAAUGAUGAUUGAUUUUGAAAGUGAUUUCAUGUCAGUCGCGCCGGCAAUGUUUGAAGCAGAAACUUUAGCAAAGGCCGGAACCAAUCUCUAUUUUUACAUCUUUGAGCACCGUCCUGAUUUCUCUCCGUUUCCGCAGUGGACUGGUGCGGUCCAUGGAGUGGACAUUGGGUUCGUGUUCGGUGCACCAUUCAAGCAGAUGUGUUCUUUGGUUGACUUUUUCACUCCCAAAUUUUCGGAAAUCGAGAAGGGAUUCAGCCUGUACGUCAUGAAACUAUGGACAGACUUUGCGAAAUUUGGGUCUCCAACUCCUUUUGGCUCCAGCUUUUCGCCAAUCACCUGGUAUCCUUUCACCGAAGAGAAUCAGUUUUACUUGGCCCUCGAUGUGAAACCGAGGCUGGGGCAGCACUAUAGAGCAAGAGAAGUAACAUUUUGGAAUGAUCUUAUUCCUAAGAUUAUGACGAAAGGAAGAAGAGGGAAGUCAGGAAGAGCGCUUUAGAACGGACAAUUUGUAACUGUGAUACCAAACAGAAAAAGAAAUUGGAAAUAUGGCGCUGAAGAACUGUUGGUAUUGCUUGACUACUUACAUGUACGAAAAACAAACUCUGUCAAAGGACCUUUGGAAGGAUAUCAGAAACUUAAAUUCUGAGUACGAAAACUGAAAUUUUCAAUUCAGACAUAAAUAUAUAUAUCAGUCAUAAAAAAGUAAGUCUUGCUAAGUAAAAAAACUGCUCAAUGCUUUAAAGUAGAGCUAUGUAGUAUGUAUUAUAAAUCCUAAUUGAGUUCUCCGUGUAUAUCAGUCAUAAGGCACUAGCUAGCAACUCCUAACAAUUCAUUUGAACAACUACUUAAGUCUGCUUAAAUGAAAGUAAAAUGAAACUGAAGAAAAAAACACGAGAACAGUACAAUUUCGGUCAGGUUUAGAAAAGAAGUAAAACCAGCACAAUAAGGGCAGCAAGUACGAGAUUCCAGGCUUUGAUAUCCUUCCUUGCCGAGGAUGAAUUCGCUGCAAGAGAACAAAAAUCAAAAAAUUGCAUCUCAUUAAAGUCAAACAAUUACGUGUCAGAAUGUAUCAUAGUCAUGCGACGCUUUCGAGUCGUAUGCUUAAACAAUAGACCCCUCUUUCUAUGGAUUUACUGGCGCAAUAAACCACGCGGGAUGUUGGGAAAACACGAGAAAAGCUUGGCCGUGCAC